CAAGCACGACCAUGAGCAUUGAGCACUCACUGCCUCUGGAUGCAUGUGAUCUAGGAAUGGCUGUGCCAACAGCAGUCGUUACGCAGUUUUCGAUGACCCAUUCUCUGGUCUUCUGUUGUACACUUUUGCCCCUUUAUGCUGAUGCCUAGCGGUAAUUACGUUCCGUUUGCCACCGUCCUCCUGACUCAACGUAGAAUGGCCUUCAUUAGCAGUUCGGGUCUACAGGCUUGUGCACAACGUGGCCAAAGCGUAGCAGACGAGUCGCGUCAAGCAUAGAAAGUGUGUGCGUGCCCCGGACAUCUCUGAUGUACAAUUUCUCCAAGACUGUACCGAGAUGUUUGUCAGUGUCAAAGAACGCGCACGGCAGAUCGCCAAUGGCCAAUUUACUGCGUCCACCACGAGCGGCCUGGAUGCAUCUUUAACUCAUCCUGCGCCAGAGCCCAAGCUUGCCCCAGUCACAGCAUCGAAGAAGUCCGGUAGACUGGGAGCGCAAGUUGAUGCCAUUGUGCCGCCCUCCAAGACGAAGCCAUCAACAAAAGUUGCGCCACCAGUGGAACCAACAGUGAAGGUCGCAUCACCAAAGACAGCGUUUACACCAGCGGUUGUUACAAAAGCCGUGCCUCCAAAGCCAGCGCCUCCAACAGCAUCUUCUUCGCCGAAGAAAGGGUCUACAAAGCCGAAAGUCCGCAAAGAUUCACCCUCAAAACCACUGUCACCCAAGAUUGGAUCUUCGAAGCCUGCGUCAGCAAGCAAGGCAGCGUCGCAAGUGAAAUCUUCAUCGACAUCCAAAAUCGCAUCUCCUACAAAAUUCACAACUCCCAAAACCGCACCCACAACCCCAAAAAAUAAGCGCUCCAAAUCACCACCGAAACGUGUGGAUUCACCCAUCGAAGACAACGACGAUCCACUCGCCUCGCUCAAAUCCACAUGUCUCAAACAAGUCUCGGGUGUGACUGGUCUCGGUGGACGACGCCUCGCGAUCGUACUCAAACAGCGAUCUUCUGGGGAGUGGUAUGCAGCGCUCAAGGAUUUGAGUUCGGACAAGUACUUGAAGAUGUGGAUGAACAAGGACAAAACAUUCGCGACCAAAGAAGAGGCACUGGAAGGCUACUUGGUGUUCGUAACAAAGACGAGGAACGAGGUCAGAUGGUUUCCCAUGAGCCCGAGAGCGAGCAGUCCGAAGGGGUUGGGCAAAUAGUCUGACAAACACCCAAUGAUUGCAUGAUGCGUGGUCAAACAUGCAUCCAGUCUGGUACUGGAUGGGUAUUUGUUAAUGUUAGCGAUAGGGCGGCUAGUCCAGCUCGAGUGCCUGCCAUACUGGCGGGAGAUAUUGUUUAU